GUCCAAGAGAUCCCUGAAGGCUGGUUGGGUUGGUGAGGCCUGAGGAAUAGCUUCUGGGAUUUCUGAGAAGCCCUGCUCAAUACAACAUGGACCCUGUAGUCUUGAGUUAUAUGGACAGUCUACUUCGACAGUCAGAUGUCUCACUAUUGGAUCCUCCAAGCUGGCUCAAUGACCAUAUUAUUGGGUUUGCCUUCGAAUACUUCGCCAAUAGUCAGUUUCAUGAUUGCUCGGACCAUGUCUGCUUCAUCAGCCCUGAAGUCACCCAAUUCAUUAAGUGCACCAGCAACCCUGCAGAAAUUGCCAUGUUCCUUGAACCCCUAGAUCUUCUGCACAAGAGAGUUGUAUUUUUAGCCAUCAAUGAUAAUUCCAACCAGGCAGCUGGGGGUACCCACUGGAGUUUGUUGGUUUAUCUCCAGGAUGAAAAUAGCUUCUUUCAUUAUGAUUCCCAUAGCAGAAGCAACUCAAUCCAUGCAAAACAGGUAGCAGAGAAACUGAAAGCCUUCUUAGGGAGUAAAGGAGACAAGCUGGUCUUUGUGGAAGAGAAAGCCCCAGCUCAACAAAACAGCUAUGACUGUGGGAUGUACGUGAUAUGUAACACUGAGGCCUUGUGUCAGAACUUCUUCAGACAACAGCCAGAAUCCCCACUGCAGCUACUCACCCCGACAUACAUCACAAAGAAGAGGGGAGAAUGGAAAGAUCUAAUCGCCAGGCUUGCUAAAAAGAAAAAGAAGUAGCUACUAAAGAAUGCCUGUGAUGUUUGAAGUCUCCUCUUUCUGCCCUUCCCUAUGGUGACAGCCUCAGUGCCUGGGGGACCACUAGAUGAAACUUUACUAUUCCUACUUCUUCGUUGUCUUGAAAACAAUGUCUUCCUCUGCAUUAUCUGAGUGGGAUGUUUCACUUUAACCCUGAGGAGAGCAGUAAGUUCUCUGAAAACAUCUUAAACUUAUGUACCAAAACCUUAAAAAAAAAAAGAGAAGAAGAGAGGAAAAAAAACUCCAUUAAACAGUUUCAAAUAAGAGUCUUCUGUACUUGUUGCUUUCCCUUUGGUCCUACCCCACCCCCCAUUGGCUCAUUCUAAAGGAAAAGCAGUGUUCCAAAGCAAAUCUAUGACAUACGGAAUCUCAAGACAUGCACGAAGAAGUCAGCAGCAGAAGCAGAAUCUUGUUGCACACCCAUAUGAGAGUGUCUCGCUAGAAGUGGAUCAUGACCUAACUCCAUUUAGGGCCUUCAUAUUAUAAAAAUAAGGCAUUCUCUGAUGCAAAGGCUUUUCCAUCUGCAAAUAUUUAAUAAAGAUGAAUUUAGCCCACCUUCA